AGGGUGGGGGGGCCCAGUCAGCACUAGCAGAUGGGUGCACAGGGGAUUGAGGGUGGCUGAAUUAGUUUGCGUGGGGUGAAAGGACUCGCAGUUACACUUUUAGCAAAGGCUUAGCCUCAUGAAAAGGGCCAUAGACAUAACACAAACAUAAUUUUCCCUUUCUAUGGAAAAGUUGUUGCAGGGCAACUCUAAUCUUCUGGAAAGGUGUUUCUUAUUGAGACAAGUAGCUACUCAUUAUUACUGUGUUCCUGAGCCCCUCAUACAGUGACGUGACUAGAGGCCAGUAGCCUAUUGGGCAAACUUGGCUCCAGGACCCCCUGUACCGAUAUCAACCUCUCGCAAUAAAACAGCAAGUAAGUGAGUCCGGCCGCAGGAAGGCUCACUGUGGGUAGGCCUAUUGUUGUGAGUGCAGUUUAAGCCCCUCAAACCCAGACAGCGGCUGGGCCGGUAAAUGGCAGAAGUUGGUGCCGCUCAAUAUUAGGAGCCUGCGGCUCUGUGUGAGGUGUCACUGGGCCAGGCCACGCCCCCAAGGCUGCUCCGAGGCGCAACGUGUGAGGAUCCAGACUGUGGUGCUCCGGCCGCUCUCAGCUUUGCGCAGUGCCCGUACCCCGCUCCUCCUUCUGUACUGAGGCCGGAGGGACCCGCACAGGGCAGCAAAGACACAGGAGCACCCCCGUCUGUUCUGUCCUGUACUGAAUGAAAAAACCUUUUGGUUCGGUAUUCAGCCGAAUCGCUUGGGAUGGAUUCAGGGGUUCGGCCGAACCCGAAAAACUAGCUUGGAAUGAAGAAGAAGAAAUACAUGCCGUAUAAUCACCAGCACAAGUACUUCUUCUUCAUUGGGCCUCCAGCACUGAUUCCCGUCUAUUCCCAAUGGUAUAUUUUCUGCUUUGCAAUACGGCGCAAGAAGUGGGCGGACCUGGCCUGGAUGAUUUCUUUCUAUGUGAGGUUUGGUCUGUGUUACAUCCCGUUCCUGGGAGUGAGCGGCACCAUCGCUCUGUUCAUGGUGGUUAGAUUUAUUGAGAGCAACUUGUUUGUGUGGGUCACUCAGAUGAACCACAUUCCAAUGAACAUUGACUAUGAUCAGAAUAAGGAGUGGCUCUCUACGCAGGUACCCAUCCAUAUUAGUGAUGGGCGAAAUGUUUCGCCAGGCAUGGAUUCGCAGCGAAUUUCCGCAUUUCGCCAUUGGUGGAUUGUUUCGCAAAAUGGAUGAAAAAAUUUGCCACGGAAAAAUUUGGCCAAAAUUGCGCAAGAAUAGUCGCAAGUCCAAAAAUGGUCUCUUCCUCCACUUUACUUUCUCACCCCGUGUGACUAUUUCUCCCCACAGUUUAUUUCCCACCAUGCCCCAGCACAAUUACUGGAUUGUUUGCCUUCCUCUACUGAACCCAGCAGCCAACAAACAAUUUCUCUGUAUAGCUACAAUUUUAUUGUUAUUGUUACUUUUUAUUACAUAUCUUUCUAUUUAGGCCCUCCUCUAUUUCUAUUCCUGCCAUUAUCUGCCAACAGUCAUUGAACAGCAGCAGAGGAGACCCAGGGGCUACUAGGAUUCCGCCACUGCGGUGCCUCCUGGGCUUGUUUGGCCUCUGUGCCGUAUUGGGAACCUUAUACAAUUCUGAUGCUUUAUGUCACUACUUCAGUGUCACAGGAGAUCGGCCUACACAGUAAUUCAUAGGGAAGGCUCUCUGGGUUAUGAGUCCCAUUCAUACAGUUUGCCCAAAGAUUAUAUGGUGGAAAUGCUCCUCAGAUAUGUCCUAGCUAUUUAUUUGACUCUACAGCGACACCCUCAGGAGACCCAGCAAGCUGCACCUUGAACGUAUAAACAUAAAGUCAGAACUAAAUUCACUGCUUCGAGGCAAGAUACGCCAUUCACCCAAUCCUGUUUUUCCUUCCAAAUCAUACAAUUCAGGCAGCCAAUGGGCAGAACUGCUGUUUGCAAAAGUACAAAAGAUACAUUUUAUGGAUUCACAGAGGUGGCUUUUUGGAUUUUUCAAAAAUGAUAUUCUCUCUGGCUGAGACCCUCAGGCAUACGUAGCGUGUUCCCUGGCCAGAAUCAUAUGAAAAUGUCCCAAUGUUUGAAUGAUUACGUGUGCCUUAGGCCAAGUCGGGGUGCAGCUUGGAGUAAAGUGGCUUCCUGUAUGUCAUAGUGGUGAGAGCAGUUUUAAAAUAAUCCCCUCCUCCCUCCGCUGCCCACGAUCAUGUCCUAGUGCCCUUCCUUCUCCAAACUGCCUGUUCUUACCAACAGAUUACAUGUUAUAUAUGCUAAAGUGUCAGUACCACUUAAAAGCCGCCUGUAUCAUGUGAUAGGGGUAAGAUGGAAGUAAGAUGAAGAUUAAAACCUUGAUUUUUUUGUU